AUGACGACAACACCUACAUCCCCUACCAUACAAAUCAAUCGGAUAAAAGAUGACAGUGAGAGUGAUUCCGAGGAAGAACUAAUUUUCGAGGACGCUUUAGAGUUUCAACCUCCGGAGACAGAAACCAAUCUCUUGCAACUAUGGGACGACACUGCAUUGAGUGAUACUAGCUCUGUUAUGUUAGAGACAACGGACGAUGAGCGUUCUUUAGCAGGUGACGAAACAGGGGAAUUGUCGCCUCCCUUACCAUCUUCACAGCGCAGCUCUUAUUUAUCCCAAAACUCUAUGUUUGCAAAGUUUCCCUCAAAUAAAAGACAGACACGGCUUUACUCCCGUGCAGCGCAAUCUAUUCCCGUCCUACCAACCAGAGGAACAAUAAAAAGACUAUCAAAACGUGGUUCGAACUUGUCAGCGCCGCUAGUUGAGGAAACAGACAUGGAUUUGGAGGAUGAUUUACGUGAAGUACGACAAGCUUUAGAUCGAUUUUUCAACUCGAGAAUGAAUGGUGCCGAGGAUUUACUUAUGAUCAAGAGUAAGACGUCAAUGUAUCAUUCUUUAGGAUACUCGUUUAUAAUUUACUUAAAGUCAUUAAUGACCUUUGAACCGGCUGAUAUUGAGAAAGCGAUUUCGGCACUAAAGGUCACAGUGCAAUUAGCAUCUUCUUUGCGUAAACGAGACAGAUCCAUCUCGAAUUUUGUGAGAGGGGGAGCAGCUAGCGUUAAUGCACUGAAAUCGAUGAAUCGAAUUCAACGACAUGCAGAAUUAGUCUACGCAGAGGCUUAUCUACUAAAAGCAGUACUUAGUAUAUUUUACGAUAACGCACUUGUAUCGUUUAUACGAGAGAGUAUCAAUAUAAGAAAUAGUUAUAUUAUAUUUCGUAAUUUAGCGAAAUUUAUGGAAUGUGUAAAAGAUGAUGAAGAUAUAACGACCUUUGAAGUGGACAGUCAUUUCAGCUCGGGGGUGUCAUUGGGUAUCGGGAUAUUUAAUUUAAUUUUAUCGUUAUUGCCGCCAGGAAUUUUGAAAAUCAUGCAUUUUGUCGGAUUUACAAGUGAUCGAAGCUUUGCUUUACGAACAUUGGAAUUUUGUGGUGGAUGGAUACAUGAUUCACCCGAUUCUAGUACUAAUAAUCAGAAUCAUACUAACGGUAAUGAUCACAACAAUAAAAAUCAUAGUAAACCGGAGAUAGACAUAGAAAAUGAAGGGCUACGCCGACCAUUUUGUGAUUUAGCAUUACUUUCAUAUCAUUUGAUAAUCAGCAAUCUUGUGCCGGUCGCAGAUGCUGAUCUCUCAUUUGCAUCAAAAAUUUUAAACUAUAAUCUACGACGAUAUCCGAAUGGAGUGCUGUUUCUUUAUUUCUCGGGACGUCUACAUCAAUCCGAAUCUUAUAUGUAUGAAGCGAUCGCGCAGUAUAAAUCGGCCAUCAAUAUUCAGAAACAAUGGAAACAACUUCAUCAUAUUUGUUAUUGGGAGAUGGCGUUAAAUUAUCAGUGUCUGAUGGAUUUCGAACACGCGUACGAGUGUUUCAAGACGCUGUGUAAAGAGUCGAUGUGGAGUAAAUGUGUUUAUUUGUUCCAGCAGGCUGUGUGUUUAUAUACUUUGGGGAGACCUGAAGAUAUGGAUCGUGUUAUUAGAAUGAUGAGAAAAGUGCCGAAAUUGAUGCAACCUCGCAAAUUUGUCGCCCAAGGGCAUCGUCUCCUUUUACCUGCAUGCGAAUUAACAUAUGUAUGGAAUUCAUACGAUGUCAUGCCCUUAGUACAUCUUUUACGGUCACUAUCAAUCAUCGAGAUCACAAUCAACAACCUGGACGGCAUAAAAGAAAGAGACCUCUACAUUAAUUUCUGGGACGAUUUCUGUUUAGCAUAUUUACUCCGUGGCGUAAUUCUUUCAAAAAUUGCAUUCCCAAAUAAUCCUAAUCACGAAGAUGAAAAAACAUUUAACCACAAUAAAGAUAAUGUCACAUCAACCUGUGCAACCGCAAUAGCAUCUCUACAAUACGUCGUCAGGAACGGCCCAAACAUAAAUUUAGACCACUACUUGAUUCACUUUGCACGUUAUGAACUCGGUCGUCUGUUCACAAACAUGCGUGAAUUCGGCAAGGCAAAAGCAGAAUUUGAAAAAGUGCUGGACGGUGGUGACACCAAAGAUAAAAAAGUCGGAGGAUAUUCGUUAGAGAAUAUGCUGUUGUUACGGACAUAUAAUGCUAUGGUGAAACUGGAUCUGUUGCAACGAGAGGUGGAGUGGGAGGAACAUGAACGAGAAGAACGUGAAUUGAUGAUUGCAUCAUGA